AUGCACCGGACUUUCAAUACACAGAUCAGGCCUAUUUUUCAACGCAUAUUCGAGACAUCGAUUUCCCAACACUGGGAUAAUUUAUUAGCCGACUAUUACUAUCAGGUUUAUCAACGAAUUAUCGAUGAGAGUGGCAAAUGUGGCGAUGGAUUACACAACUACUGGUCCCCGACUGAUAUGGACAUACAGGGCGCCUAUCCUUACUAUUAUAAUCCAGUCCAUAAUCCCACGGCAUCUGUCAAUUUCUUGAAGAUAUUUUAA